AUGGCUACUCUACAAUGGGAUUCCGAGCUUAUGACCAACUAUGUAUCGGCGGUAGCAGUCCCUGCCGCGAGCCAUAUGGUGACCUGCGUAGAUCCUCAUACAUUGCAACCUACGGUCUUCGCGCUCAGCAACGACGAGAUCCCAAAACUACAAGUCAUUGGAAUCAAUGAGGAGGGCCAACGGGUCAGGACAGACUAUGGUCGUCUUAUCGGCUUACCUACAGAUGCCUACAUCCAAACCUUUGAUGUCCAGCAAGGCGCCGAUUAUACCAUCCAUCUCUCCUUGGCUACAAAGGUGGAUGAACAGCAUUCUCAACUGUGGGUGGUGCGACCGUUUCAACUGAGCAGCCAAACAUCGCUCACCACUUUGCCACCCCAAACCAUUGGCAAAGUUCACAAAAUCAAGAUCGGCCUGCCGACCGGAAAGACACCCUAUCCAGCUGUAUGGGUGAUGCACCAACCGUUAAAUCGCACGGCAAGUGGCAGCGACUUGGCCCGCGUGGAAGUGAAGCUGGACAUGAAUAAGAUCAUUGUGUGGAAGGACUGCACACUGCCGACCAAUGUGAGCGAGAUUCUCGAUAUCGCCACUGCCAAUGGUGGAAGCCUAGGUCAUGGGCUGUAUAUCCUCUGCAAGCAGUCCAACGAGGUGCUUCUCAUGGUCAAAUUUGUACGGCCAGGAAUGGAACAAGGAGACGCUCCCAGAUGGGCUCAGUACGACCUUAUUGCUCCAGAAGGCGCUUGCUCUAUUGAAUCGUAUGUCGAUUUCACAGACUCGGCCCGCCGAUCCGGUCUCUUUGUUGGUUCUCAACGGGGAUUGCAUUUGAUCCCUUCAAAUGAAACAACCAAGAGAGGGAGUGGUCGAUUGCUGACCAAAGACUCUUCCUUCCGUGGUGCGAAAGAUCUUUUUGUCGCCCAGGAUGGCCCACAUCUGUCAGUAUGGGCUAGAAAUAACCAGGAUGAGCUGGGGUUCCUAGUAACCUCUUGUGAUAAUAUCGACAAUGGCCGCGUUGCCACCCUCCUUCCUGCAGGCAAGGCAACCAGUUUCUCUGCCGCAAUUUGCAAGCGCGCAGAGAACCUCUCUACAGUCAAACAAAUUCUCACGGCCAACGACGAAAGCGGCAACCUUACUCUGCUGGAGCAAAGUCUCGAUACAGGUAUCUGGCGCACCGAGCCAUUUUAUGUCGAGGAAGGGGGAAACCUCCUGGCCAUUCCCAGCUACACAAUCAACAUGACCGCAUUGGAUGAUAAGAAAAGGCCGCUUUGCAACGGUCAGGUUUUUAUUAAGUCAUCAUCCUCGCUAUCCGCCACAAUGAAUGGCCGGUCCGACACCUUGGAUCCCAAAGGCCGCUGGUACCCUCUCGACGCUGCGGGUGAGCUGGCGCUGAUUAUUCCUACCAAUGGCCUCACUAGUCAGCCAUUGCAGAUCAGCAAAGCCAGGAAUUUCCUCGCUCAAGAGAUCACGCUUCAUUCAGAUGCAAACGUCGAUCCGAGCCGUAAGGUCAUCCAGUCUUUAAGCAAGCUUGACUCUACAGAGAAAUUAGAGGGUGCCACCGACAAAGACGGCAAAUCCAUCUGGGAGGGGGUAAAAAAGCCAUCCAAGGACGAGCUGACCGCAGCCGCUAAAUGCUUCUCGGCGAUCAGUGAAGCAUGCAUGACACUGCCGGCCGAUGGAUCUGUUGUUCAAACAGUGAAGUCCUCCGCACUGUCUGUCAAUGCCAUUCAACAUGCCAGUAACAAUAUUUUAGAGGCUGUCAGUGAUAUUUUCAUGGAUGGCUUCAACUACGUGAAAAAGAAGGUUCAUCAGGCAAUCGACUGGAUAGUGCGCAAGGCCGGUGAGGUCUGGGAGUUCGUGUGCAAGAUCGGGAACUCUGUCAAGAAGUUCGUUCUCGAUUGCAUCGAAAAAGUGACCGAGGCGGCUUCCUGGGUAUGGGACAAGCUCAAGCUUGGGUGGAAAAAGUUGUGUGAUGUGGUGGGCUUCUUGUUCAGUUGGGACGAUAUCAUCGAAACGAAGCGCACCAUCAAGGGACUGCUCAAUGCGGGUCUUGACUAUGCUGCUAACAACUUUGAAGGGGUGAAUGUGAAAAUUGAGGAUUUCUUCGGUUCUCUUCAAAAUGAUAUCGCCGAACUGAUGGGUGCUACAUCAAUGGGAGGUCGCGGAGGAAAGCUGGGGUCCUCUAAUGGGAGUGAUGACAAGCAGAUGACCGAAUUCCAGCAAAGUCCCGGGUCGAAAUGGAUUGGGGAACGGAUGAAGAAUGGGAGUAGGAGUAUGCGCUCCCCUGGGAAAACAUCAAAUAAUGCCGAAGAAGUGAAAAUCUGGGAGGAUCGGAUUCAGCCACUCCUGAUGAGCUUCACUAAAGUUGCCGAGGAUCUGGCCAAAGAUCUUGCCCAGUUGUUCAACGGGGACAACAAUCUCUCGGCUGGUGAGCUUCUUGCGAAAACGAGUGGGGACUUGCUCAUCAAUAUCAUCGACGUGGUCAAGAAGAUUCUGCAAACUUUGGUCACCCUUGCAUCUAAACUGGUCGUGCUCUUGAAGAGCAUUGGAAACCAAACACUCACCUGGGGCUUUGUUGGAGAUCUAUACAAGUGGUUGAGCCAAGGCGACCGCCUUACCAUUUUUGACGCUGUCUCGUUKAUCAUCGCCAUUCCAGCGACAUUCAUUAUCAAAAUCGUGACAGGAAAGAAGCCUCCUACUCUGGGCAACAUGAACAGUGAGGUCUUUGGAAAAACUGUCAUCGGUGCCCUCCGGGUUUCAGGAGAAGGAGAAGAAGAAGAAGAAGAAAAUUCCAACAAAGAUUUCAUGACCUCAGCCGCUGACAAGACCACUGCCCGUGAUGUUACAGUCAUUGUCUUGGGAGCUGGUUGCGGGGCUGCCGUUGUAAGCCUCUUUUUCAACAAUAUCAAGUUCCUUUGGAAAGCAGCCAACAAAGGGAUCUCAACAGCGGUUGACUCUCUCAGUCCUGGUACCAUCAUGGAGGUAAUCAGCAUUUGUCUUGAUGGAUUCAGCAUCCUCAAGGAUAUAAUCAAUCCACCCGGUGAUGAAACCCCCGGGGCCGGGCUGCGGAACGCUGCAACAUAUAUUAAGUGUUUCCGUCUGUUGACCAACGUAGUUUAUAUGGCUGCUACAAAGGCGGGAGGUCUCGAAAACCAAGUUGUCGAUCAGAUCAUGCUAGUCAUUGACCUACUAACCGCCGUGGUCAACUGUGGUCUAUAUACUGCGGUCUACGCGAAAGAACUUGACGCGAAGAGCUGGAAGGGAUAUGACGAGGACUCGACACUGCUUAGUGGAGCGAACACUCUUCUGGAAACCUUGACUGCCAUUGGAUAUUUCACGGCGGCUACGUUCAAGGAAAAGGCUCCACAGGUCACAGUUGUUGGGUUGGGCUGUAUGCAAAUUGCGGCUGUGGGCGCAGUUGUCACCAAGGGAGUUGAGUUUCGGUUGACCUACAAGAAGAUCAAUGGCGAGUAG